AUGGCUGCACCCGAGAUCCCCAAGAAACAAAAGGCCGUCAUCUACGACCAGCCAGGCACCAUCUCGACAAAAGUAGUAGAGCUCGACGUCCCGGAGCCCGGCAACGGCGAAGUCCUCAUCAAUCUGACCCACUCCGGCGUGUGCCACUCUGACUAUGGCGUAAUGACCAACACUUGGGCCGUGCUCCCCGCCCCAACCCAAGCUGGCCAAGUGGGCGGCCACGAGGGGGUAGGCAAGGUCGUAGCUCUGGGCCCAGGCACCGAGAGCUCCGGCCUCAAGAUCGGAGAUCGCGUGGGUAUCAAAUGGGUCUCCAGCGCCUGUGGGAACUGCGGGCCCUGCUUCGCCGGCGCCGACGGCGUCUGCUUCAACCAGAAAAUCUCUGGCUACUACACCCCAGGCACAUUCCAGCAAUACGCCCUCGGCCCCGCAAACUACGUGACCCCGAUCCCCGACGGCGUGUCAUCCGCCGAAGCAGCCCCGAUGCUCUGCGCCGGCGUCACCGUCUACGCCGCCCUCAAGCGGAGCAACGCGCGCCCAGGCCAAUGGGUCGUCAUCUCCGGCGCCGGCGGCGGGCUCGGCCACAUCGCCGUGCAGAUCGCCAGCCGGGGGAUGGGCCUGCGGGUGAUCGGGAUCGACCACGGCAGCAAAGCGGAGCUGGUGCGCUCGUCCGGCGCCGAGCACUUCGUCGACAUCACACAGUUCCCCAAAGACGACCAGGGGGCUGCGCUGAAGGCGCGUGUGCACGAGCUGGCGGAUGGGCUGGGCGCGCACGCGGUGGUGGUGUGUACGGCGGCGAAUGCGGCGUAUGCGCAGGCGCUGCCGAUGCUGCGAUUCAAUGGCACGGUGGUUUGUGUGGGGGUUCCGGAGCAUGAGCCGCAGCCGAUUGCGUCCGCGACUCCGGGGUCGAUGAUCCUUCAGCAUCAAACGGUGACGGGGUCGGCGGUGGGGAGCCGGAUUGAGGCGAUCGAGACGUUGAACUUUUUGAAGCGCGGCAUUAUCAAGACGCAUUAUCGGAUGGAGAAGAUGGAUAAGCUGACGGAGGUUUUCCAGGAGAUGGCCGAAGGUAAAUUGCAGGGAAGGGUGGUGUUGGAUCUUUCUUAG